CUAGGCCUAGUUUAAGAUAAAAGGGUUUUGGAAAUCUUAAACUUACCUUCACUUAAGGCCAACCAAAAACCGACAGCGUAGUGUUCACUGUUGAGUGGGUGGUACCCCCAAACGAGUAGGUACUCAAGUUUGGUUCUUGGAUCCCGGAAGAGGUGCCGAUGAAGAAAGUCGGAGACAAGUUGAUCCCCAAGACCGAAGACGAGUUUGAUGCCGAGGACAUCAAAAAGGUCAAGAAUUAUGCAAAGGCAAUAAAUAUGCUUUAUUGUGCCGUAAAUCCUGAUGACUACCGCAAGAUCUCCUGCUGCUCAACCGCCAAGGAGAUGUGGGACAAACUUGAGGUGACGUACGAAGGAACGGACCAAGUACGUGAAGCCAAGAUUGACUUCCUCACCCAAGAAUAUGAGAUGUUCACGAUGAAGGAGCACGAGAAGAUCGACGACAUGUUUGACCGUUUUUCCAAGAUAGUCAAUGACCUCCAUGCAUUAAAGAAGACAUACACCGACAGGGAUCUUGUGCGAAAGAUCCUACAGAGCUUGACAUCCGAAUGGCGAUCCAAGGCCGAUGACAUCUAUGAAUCAAUCAGCACAUCAAAUGUCACCAUCGACAGCCUAAGAGGUAAUCUAAAAACCUAUGAAUCUACUAUUCUUAACCCGUCUUUAAAUGACCAAAGGAAAGGGAUAGCAUUAAAAGCCGUCAAAGAAUCAACGAUGGAUGAUUCAAGCGACGAUGAUGAAAUCAAGCUUGUCAUGAAGAAGUUUUGUAAACUUCUAAGGAAGAAAGAAAAGGUUGAGAAUGGCCCUGUGUGCUAUGGAUGUGGUGAAGCCGGGCACAUCAAGAACGAAUGCCCGAAAAGCAGAAGGAAUUCUCGGCACUUCAAAAGGCAAAGGGCAUAUAUCUCUUGGGGUGGCGACUCCGGCGACGAGUCAACCGAUCAAGACGAGGAUGAAACUGCCAACCUCUGUCUCAUGGCGCACGAAGACCAAACCGACGAUGUACAAGAGGUAUGUACCAUUUCUUCCGACUCUUACACCUUUUGAAGAAAUGCAAGAAGCACUUCAUGAACUUUAUGACGAAUUUGUUAGCGCUUCUAAAAUCAACAAAUCGUUAAAGAAACGCCUCUCCACUCUUGAAAAUGAUUUUGAAAAUCUGAAAAAAGAUAAUGAGAAGUUAAAACAAGAGAAUAAAUUUUAUGGCAAAAG